GUUUUCCUUAUUCUCACACACUCUGACUUUUCAGUUUCAGCUACUUCUUUUCCUUUCCCUUUCUUUUCUCAUUUUCGGAUUUUCAUUGUUGAAGAGCAGAAAAUACUUCGCACAACUUUUGUAGGCUUUUGAGUUUUAUUAUGGCUGGUGAUUCUUUUGUAAUUUCCAAUGGGAAUGGCAAUGGUAACGCCAUGUUGCAGCCGCAUCCGCAUCCGCAGAGGACUUACCAAGCAGUAGUGAUUGCUACUAGAGAUAUGGGUAUUUCUAAGGAUGGAAAAUUACCCUGGACAUUACCCACUGAUCUCAAAUUUUUUGAUGAGAUCACUACGAUAACAUCCGAUCCGGGGAAGAAGAAUGCUGUUGUAAUGGGUAGAAAAACAUGGGAGAGUAUCCCUCCCGAGGGCAGGCCUUUGCCUGGUCGCCUUAAUGUUGUUCUGACUCGCUCUGGUAGCUUUGAUAUUGCAACAGUAGAGAAUGUUGUUAUAUGUGGAAGUGUGUCUUCUGCUAUGGAAUUGUUGGCUGCUUCUCCUUAUUGCCUGUCAAUUGAGAAAGUGUUUAUUACUGGAGGUGGUGAGAUAUUUAGAGAGGCUCUUAAUGCACCUGGAUGUGAAGCUGCCCAUAUUACAGAGAUUGAGGCAAGCAUUGAGUGUGAUACUUUUAUGCCUCGAAUUGAUACAUCUGUAUUUCAGCCGUGGUAUUCAUCAUUUCCCUUGGAGGAAAACAACCUCCGCUAUUCUUUCACCACUUAUGUGCGUGUGAGGAGUUCUCCAGCGGAGUCCCUGAGUCAAAAUGCUGAUCCAUUUAAUGAUAAUAAUUCAGAUUCUCUAAAAUUUGAAGUCAAGAAAUUUUCUUUUCUUCCUAAAAUGAUUUUUGAGAGACAUGAGGAGUUCAAUUAUCUUAGGUUGGUUCAAGAAAUCAUUUCUGAAGGUACAGCUAAGGAUGAUAGGACAGGAACUGGUACCUUGUCAAAAUUUGGUUGCCAGAUGAGAUUUAAUCUGCGCAGAAACUUUCCGCUUCUGACAACUAAGAAAGUAUUUUGGCGAGGGGUUGUUGAAGAGCUUCUUUGGUUUGUCAGUGGCUCAACGAGUGCCAAGGUGCUGCAGGAAAAAGGCAUUCACAUAUGGGAUGGGAAUGCAUCAAGGGAGUACCUCGAUAGCAUUGGUUUGACAGAAAGAGAAGAGGGUGACUUAGGACCUGUUUAUGGGUUUCAGUGGAGACACUUUGGAGCCAAGUAUACUGACAUGCAUGCUGACUACUCCGAGCAAGGAUUUGACCAGCUUUUAGAUGUUAUUGAUAAGAUAAAGCAUAAUCCAGACGAUCGACGGAUCAUUCUCUCAGCGUGGAAUCCAUCCGAUCUUAAAUUGAUGGCACUUCCACCCUGCCACAUGUUUGCGCAGUUUUAUGUAGCAAAUGGGGAGUUGUCGUGUCAAAUGUAUCAACGAUCUGCUGACAUGGGCCUGGGUGUGCCAUUUAAUAUUGCAUCAUAUGCGCUCCUGACAUGCAUGAUUGCUCAUGUUUGUGACCUCGUUCCCGGUGAUUUUAUCCAUGUUAUUGGGGAUGCCCAUGUUUACCGCAAUCAUGUGAGACCUUUGCAGGAACAGCUCCAGAAGCAGCCAAAACCUUUUCCGAUUUUGAAGAUAAACCCGAAGAAGAAAGAUAUAGAUUCUUUUGUGGCUGCUGAUUUCAAUCUCAUAGGCUAUGAUCCUCACCAGAAGAUAGAAAUGAAGAUGGCUGUUUAGGAAUCUGAGAUUAACAAUCCCUUCUUCAGGCUGUAAUGCUUUUUGAAAUGAGGGUAUAUGUUAAAUUUAUGGACAAAUAAAAGAACUACUAGUUGGACAUAUUUCAAGUUCAUCAUAUUAACAUUGAGAAUCCUUUAGGUCCACAACUGUCGUGGCUCUAAGGUGAUUUAGGUUAAUCGCAUUUUCAUUUCUUUCCAAUUAGACGUUCUGGUAUACAUCUGAGGGAUCAGCAUCAUGACGUUUUAAGAUUAGAGGUGUCUUGAGUUGGGCUUUUGGCUAUUUUUGUGAUUCUCCACCUACCCUGGAGCCAACUAAAAAAGAGGAAAGGAGGGAAAGAGCUACGAUCACUUUUUGUUUUUGGGGCCAACCGAGCUGCAAUCACUAUUGGAUGUUUCAUUGCUGCUUGUUUUUUUUGUGGGCUUUGUUACAUCAUUUGAUACUGUUCUUUUUUUUGGCAAUUUUUGUUGUACUUACUAAUUUUCCAUUCAGAUCAGCGCGGCC